UUGAGAGGAGAGAAUUGAGAUUUGGAUGAGGGCCUCAAUUUACCACAAUUUUUUGAAGCUCCCUAUAUUUUCCCGAUACAUUUCUGUAAAUCGAACAUACGCCGACAUACGUACGGUAACAGCAGUUGAGUUUAGUGCGCAUGCAUUCGGUGUAGUUUUCUGUCUGAGUCGUCAAGCUGCGGUCAAGUGGCGCCCCGGCAAGAGGACUACAACUCCCAGAAUGCCCAGGGCCGCAGUUAUUUUCCGGCCUAACGGAAGCUAGUGUAGGGAGAGGCCUGGAAUUGUUAGGAAUGAGCUGCUAAAUAUCAAGCCUUCAUUUUUCCGGUUUGGCAGAGUUAAUGAGUAGAUAUCCAUCACCGAUGACAUGUUCUCUGAACUGAAUGCAAUAACUUUUGGCUGGCGAUUCCUUUGACUUGGUAGAUACUGGAUCAACAGAGUUUGGAAAGCAAUCUUGAAGAAUGAGUGGCCACAGAUUUAUACCUUUUGGGCACUCUGCUGGGCUGUAUACACAGGAUUUCAGAGGCCACCAUAUGAUUAUUCGUCAUCUGCAGAAUUUGGGCAGGAACAGUAUUGUUCGCUUACCAACUCCUCAGUUGUUUCAUAACUUUCCAGACUUCUCCUGUCCUCGUUGGGUGAUAAAUCCUCAAGGUUUUGGGAGUUCUCUCCCCUUCCAUCAGAGACCACCGUUGUUCUUUUAUGGUAGUUCAUGGACAAGGGGUAGUUCUACACAGCAAACUUUUAAUUCUUACACAAGUCGAACAUCGGGUUGUUCCAUGGAACCAAAUGUAGAUGUACAUCAACCUAAACGAAGAAAGCAUGAUCCAGAAAAUAAGAAUCAUUUGAAAUUAAAUGACGCAAAUCAAGCAACACAGGACAAAACUAACUGUGAGGCUUUGCAGGACAGUGAAUUGGAAAAUUUGUGUAGCUCCAGCAGGGUCAAAGGUCAAGAAAACAGAAACCUAAAAGUAGGGGCAGUACAUAGAAACUGGGAGGAUUUUACAUCGUUGUACAAGAACAACCAAGAUACUAGUGAAUCAAAAGGAACUUCAAAUGGAAAACAAAAGGAAGCUUUUGAUUUUUCAGUACUAUCAUAUAAUAUUCUGGCACAGGAUUUAUUGGAGGACAACAGUCACUUAUAUAGACAUUGCAGUCAGCCAUUAUUGCAGUGGGGAUUCCGAUUUUCUAACAUUCUCAAGGAGCUGAAACAGUUGGAUGCAGAUAUCAUGUGUUUACAAGAAGUGCAGAACAACCACUAUGGAAUGCAGCUGAAGCCAAUAUUGGAAUCAUUGGGUUAUCAUUGUGAAUACAAAAUGCGGACAGGAAACAAGAGAGAUGGGUGUGCUAUUUGUUUUAAACGCUCAAAGUUUUCACUCAUCUCUGCUAGCCCAGUUGAGUUUUAUCGUCCUAUGAUCCAAAUAUUAGACAGGGACAAUGUUGGACUUGUGGUAUUACUACAACCAGCUGUUUCACAAUCUGCUGCUCGUGUGUGUGUGGCAAAUACUCAUCUCUUGUAUAAUCCACGUCGAGGGGACAUCAAGCUGGCUCAGCUCGCAAUACUGCUGGCUGAAAUUAACAAAUUGGCAUCUGAUGGGAAAGGUGGUCACUGGCCAAUUGUUCUGUGUGGAGACUUCAACUCUGUCCCUGACUCUCCAUUGUACAACUUCAUUCGGCAUGGGAAACUUAUUUAUGAUGGACUUCCAAUAGGAAAGGUGUCAGGUCAGGAGCAGAGUCACAGGGGCCAGAGAGCCAUGACAAAACCACUUUGGCCGCCAAGUCUUGGAAUUUCAUCAGAGUGUCAAUAUGAAACAAUGAAAGAUACAGAUGUUCCGGACAAUUCAGAAGCUCUAACAGAUGACACUAAUAAAAAGAAUUAUCCCAUGGAUCAACUGACUCCUGCUAUUCAGCACAAAUUCAAGCUACUUUCUGUGUACUCCCAUUAUCUACCUGGGACGAAUAAAACAGAGGUCACCACCUGUCAUUCCAAAUCUGCGAUCACUGUGGAUUAUAUUUUUUAUUCAGCAGUAAAGACUAAUGGGACUGCAGAGUCAGGAAAUGAUGGUCACUUGCAGCUUCUUGGGAAACUUGCACUACUUACAGAACAAGAUCUUUGGACUGUAAAUAAAUUACCCAAUGAAAGUAGCUCUUCAGAUCAUCUGCCUUUGUUAGCUAAAUUCAGACAUAAACUUUGAUAUUAGGAACGUUGCCAGUAAUUUCUUCCUUCAAUUCAGUAUUUGAUCAAAAAUUGUGUAUUUUGCAAGGUACAAUAUUUUUGUGUAUCAUUUUAGGCUUUGAUAUUUAAAAUCUUCUAAGAAAUUUAUGUCCGAAAAUAAAGUUUUUUUUUAAUAUUUAGUUAUAAUGUUGUACAAAUGCUUGCAGCUGCUAGAUUUAGUGGAAAUGGAUACUCACAGAUACUAAGAUGUAUUUCUGCCCAAAGCCAGACAAAUGAAAAUUAUAGCAAGAGGUUGCCAGCUUACUUUUGCAUUAGGAGCCAGGAGUAGACAAGCAACACAGGAAUGGGAAGAUUGAAGUUUAGGAGCUACUUGGAAGUAAAAUAUUGCAAAUAUGAAGCUAGUUGAUAGGAGAAACAAAAACAUUAAAACACAAAUGUGGAAGAUGUGGCUGAAUGGUGCAGUAUAAUUUGCCUACUCACAUCAAGUGUAACAAGCCAUAUUUUUUUCCACCAUUGACAUGCCAUCUAAUUCCUGCAAUUCACUCAAUUAUUAGUUACUCUGCCGAACAUUAAGUUGGAUAGUAAUCGCCAGUAGCACUAAUACGUACAUGAUGGCACUCUCAGUUACUUUCAGAAGAUAUGGUGACUAUUCCAAGGGAAGGUGUUACAUGUUAAAACCAGUUUACAAACAUUUAAACUCUUUUCUUGGGGAUUCCACAACCCUAUCAAACACGUUUAUGCAUAAGAAAAGCUUUGCGGAAAUUAACUUACCUUUGCUAUAAAAAGGAAAAUUAGUGAGUGAGCAGGUUUUUAUAUCAUUAAUAGAGAUCUGGGAAAUUCAGGUCCAUUCUUUUUAUAUACUUUUUAUGGGAUGUGGGAUUCACUGGCAUAUGUCGUGAAAUUGUUGUUUUAUGGUAGUAGCACAUGACAAUACACAAAAAUUAAAUACAAUAAGAAGUAUAUUUCUAAAAAUUAAAUAGGUAGUGCAGAAAGAACAAAAAAUAUAUUGUGGUAGUGUAUGUGGGUUUAUUGUUCAUUCAGAAAUCUGAUGAUGGUGGGAAAGAAACUGUUCCUAAAGCAUUGAGUGUAUGUUGUCAGGCUCCUGCACCACCUCCUUGAUCGUAGUAAUGAGUAGAUGGCGUGUCCUCAGUGAUGGAUACUGCCGCUUUCCUACAGCAUUGCUUUUUUAAGGUAUCCUCAGUUUUCAAUUGAAUUGCCCUCAAAAGUGAGCUACCUUCUCGAACCGAUGCAGUCAUUGACGUCUGGAUAUUCCUAGAAUGCUUUUAGAGAGUGUUCCAGGAUUUUGACCUAAUGUCAAUGAAGGCAUGAUGAUACUGAUUAAGUUGUGAGUUUUUUAUGGGGGAGGGUUUGAGGAACAUGCAAAAAGGCAAAAUUAGUGUUAGUUUAUUUUUUCAACUUGGUAAUGGAUGUCAGUUAUAUUGACAUAACUAGUAUUAAUUAUCCUUCCCUAAUUACCCUUGACCAAAGUAAAUUAGCAAAGCUUAACUACAGUAUAGUUAUAAACUUGGAGCUGCAUUUAGUCUAGACCGGCUAAACAUGAUAGUUGUGCUUGCCUAAGUAAUAGGAUAAUAAAUUAAAAUACAGACAGGAUCCAAGGACAUAUGGAAUUAAAUAAAAAUGAAAAUACAUUUAGUGUUUUCAUUUGUGACUACAAAGGCAUUUCAUUGAGGGUUAAAUGGUUAGUAGCAUCCAGAAUGAGAGAUAAGUGAUGCUUUUGUCACCAGUAGUUAAUAUCAGGAAUCAGAAUUCAAAAUAAUGCUAGUCCCACAGAAUGUAACAAAAACAAAGCAAGCACAGACAGAGAAGUCCUCUUUGCAUCGGAGUACUUCGAUUCUGCUAACCUUCCUGUUCCCGGCCUAGGAAUUUGACAUUAAUUACAGUGUCUAAGCUGCAACUCUUAACUCUUCCAAUAUCUAAUUUGGAUAACAACAGGUCCCAGAGGAAGAACAGCUAUAAUUGAGUUAAUGAUAUGAAUGUGGUGAAGGGGGCUGCAGGCCAAGCACGUUUCUUUCAAGUAGGUAACACAAUGUCCAAGCUUGCUUACCUCCUCUGGCUGACUCAGCAUCACACAAGCCCCAUGCAGGUCCUGACCAGAAACUCUGUUUAGUUGUCUUCAAUAAUACAGGUUGUAUUUUAUUUCAAAUUUCACAACCAAGCAUCUUUUAGUUAUAUGUUAUGAAACAUUAUAAAAUUACUCAAUAUUUCUAACAUUCAAUGCACCCCAUCAGAUGACACUUUUUUAAUACAAGUAUUGCACUCCAUUAGGGGAUUGUGACUUGAAUAUUUGGCAAAAUGAGCUUCAAAUUGUGUGUUUCUAUACUACAAUGGCCAUUUGAAGACUUAAAAAACAAUGAAAAUCUUAAGCAACA